CGGCGUUGUGUCAUUGCAGCCAUGUGCAGGAAGUAAGACUAGCCAAUACAACUACUGCUGAUGCUGAAAAACUGCUAACUAUUAACCAUCAAAUGCAAAGUGUUAGUAUGUCAUCGGGGGAUUGUGCCAACUACCCUCACAAUCGGCAUCUGCUUUUAAACCGACUUAGACGUAGAGUUGAGAACUGCAAACAGCAUACUCAGGAUUGCCAAGUACGGCAGCACAACACUCAGCAUAUGCGAGCAGAAGUGGACCGCAUGAACACUGCUAUGCUUAUGCAAAAGGUGCAAGAGAACAAACUAAAGAAGACGGGAAAAUACAAAAAUGAUUCAGUGCGACCAAAACCGUCCAUCGAGCAAGGCAAUGACACGUCUGAUAUUGCUCUUAACAAGUUGAAAAGAAAACUUGAAAGCAGCAACUUAUGCAACAACGGUGCGUUGAUCAAACAGGGUAACCUCAUGAAUGGUUGUGACCCCAACAUGACCUCCGGUGGUAAUGGAUUGCCCAGUUUUAUGACAAACCAACAGUUUGACAUGAACCAAGAAUCAGAAACACAAUCCAAGAAAAUGAAAUUGGAUUCUGAACAACAACAACAACAGCAACAACAACAACAUUACCAUGCUAACCAAGCAAACACCAACCAACCAGGCAACAAUAACUGCAACAACGGCAACGUCUCAAGCUUAUCCGUCCAGAUCGUGCAGCAAUUUAAUAAUGAGAAGCAAAGAAGAAUUGAAACAACAGUUAAUGUCAACACAUCAAACAAUGGGAUGGGAAAUGGAGACUCAACGCAGUCGGUGAGUGUGAACGUUGGUCCUAAAGACAUCAAGCAAGAAAUGAACCAAGAUUCAACACAAGCCACACAUAGUACGGUGGUCAACAGUAAUGUGACGCAGUCAAGUCAGGAACAAACUGAUGAUGGAAUGCAGGAUACUGAGCUUGGAGGUAUCACUGACCUUAUCAACGAUUCCGAUUUCGAGAGCUGGCUUGAUGAGUUUUCGCAAAAUCCCACUGGAGAAGAUGGGCUUGGAGAUUUUGGUAUCACUACUGCAGAUACUCAACAACAACAACAACAACAACAACAACAGCACCUGCAACAACAGCAACAGCAGCAACAACAAAAUCAACCACAGCAAGGCCAGUCAAUGGGUCAACAGAAUGUCUUGAAAGACAAUCAAUUUCAAUGCAAGACCGAGAAAGUUGAUUUCCAUGGUUUUAUUGGUGAGGGAAACAACAACAACAACACACCCAACAACCAGCCUCAGUUUUUCAACACAGCAUCCGACAAUCAUACAAACCAGAUGUUCAACAACAACAACCAAGCUCCAAACUUUGGCGACAAAACUUCCUCACCGUUUACCCACAGCACCAUGACACAGCAGAAUAUAAACAUGAAUCAGCAACAUAAUAUGAACGCAACUAAUGACCAGAUGACGAGUCAGCAUAUUCAACGGCUGAGUGUGUCGGUCAACUCCAAGUUCAGCGUAAUGCAGAAACAGCAGCAACAACAUCCUGGAAUGAACAACACCCGUUCACCUUCAAAUGAACACGAAGUUAUGCGCACGACCCCAGAAGGGCCACCCCGUCUCUCCCACCCACCUUCUGCUAACAUGGCAAAGUCUGUCUCGCCCUCACCCGUCUCAUACUCAGUCACCCACCAGCCCCACCCUGGUCUUAACAGUAUGCCAAAUGGCCAGGCUUCUGGGCCUUUUUUCGGUGGGUCAGUGCAGCAAAAUCCCCCAAACCCCAUGACUGGGGGUAUGGGUCAAACCCCAAAUAUGCAACGUGCACCCAGGAUGCCAAUGCAAGGCAAUAACUUUGGCUCCUUGCAACGUGGUGGUAACACAGGCAUGCCCAUGUCAUCUGGUAUGAACAACGGCCUAGGACCAAGUCCUGUCAAUCAAACUGGAAUGUCAAAGGCACAGCAACUGAAGGAACUUGCUGAAAAACGAAUACCAUCAGGAAUGAACAACCAAUGGUCAGCAAGUGCUUCAGCAUCUGUAAACAUGUCAUCAAGUUUGGCUUUCAACGGACCUAGCAUGAACCAGCGUGAUCACAUGACCGCUGACAUGCAGAGCUUUUCCUCAUUCCAAACCUCUGGCGUUAACAAUGGCAACCAACCGCAAGUCAAUGUUCAGCCCAACAACUACAUGGCUGCGUCUGUGGCAGCUCAGGCAGCCGUUGCGGCAAGCCACAGACAGCAGCAACAUGCUCCAUACAACCAAGGAUCUCGUCUCUCCCAUUAUAAUACCAUGGAUGGAAACUUCCAGAGCAACCAAAGCAUCCCAGAUCCUCGAAUGACGGCCAAAUCAAUGUUUCCAAACGCUGGGACUCCAAUGAACCCGAGUCAGAUCCAAGCGUCGAAAAACAGAUAUAUGCAGAGAAAUCAACCACAGCAAAUAAUGAGAGGGAUAAGAGGCCCUGGUACCGACAUGGUGGCUCAAGAACGGCCUGCUGGUAUGCCAGCUUACUAUGGGCGGCAGAUGGAACAAAAGUAUGGCUCCACAGUGCCACAGGGUGGUCAAAUGAUGAAUGGUUCAGCAUCAGUGAACAUGCGUAUACAACAGUCAGCAGCCAUAACAACCAAUCAGAGACACAUGCAAGUGCAAAGACAGAAGUACAUGAUGGAACAGUACCAGAUGAAUGUCGCGAAACCUGCUUCCAUGGCGCCACCCAACGGUGGUGUACCCCACCCUCGCGGCCACAGCCCGUUAUCCCGUCAAAUGUUGCCGCAUCAACAAAGUCUACCCACCCACCAAAUGCAGAAUCCCUUAACGCCGAUGCAGUCUCGAAUAUCUGGAAACACUGGAACGAUGUAUCAAAACCAAACAGCAAACAACUGGAGUUCAAACCAGCAAACACUCGGCCAAGAUGUUGGAAAUCUCUCCCCCAUGCAAACGUGGAACAGAGGAAAUCUUCCCAACACCACCAGCAUGAAUAAACUACCUGGCUACACGCGUGGUCUAAACCCCCAGGGAUCUUUUAACGGCUACACCCCACCGAGCAACGGGGUACAGCACCGUCCCAGUCCAGGUAUCCCUGUACCUAGUAACUGUAACACACAGUCGGGUCAAAUGCUGAAUCAAAGUGGCGUGGUACAGUCCAACCAACUUAACCACCAGAUGAACAGCAUGCAGCAGCAACAACAGACAAUGUUUUCAUCGUCAAUGUCGGUGAAUAGCAACCAGAACUUUGGUAUGAUGAACGGAAUGAACUCCGUGUUCGAAUCUCCUAACUCGCCCAAUACCGACUUGACCUUAAUCAACGAAUUACUUGAUGGCAAAUAAUGCUCCUGCCGACUGAAUUAAUUCUUUCUUUAAAUUAUGCAUUCGUUCUUUAAGUGCUCAAGUACUCGCGCAAAGGAAACUGCGAAUUACACUUUUUCUUUUUCUCCUUGAACUUCCGGAAGCAAUAAUACGUUGGAUUGGCGUUCAUGGUGCAGACAAUUUUACGCUUUAUUUGUUUUUUUAAAAGAAAAUUCUCUUUAUACGUUUUUAUAAGAAACCUGCAGUGCGUGUAGGUGGUGUUACACAUGUGAAGUGUUUUUAUCUUUUUUCAUUUUCUUCCCGUGUCCAUCUUGUUAAUCUCCAUCAUCAGAGGUGUUUUGUAGUCGGCUGCCAUGCGCGUUACAUCUGUAAAUAAGCAGCCUCAUGCGCACAAGCCAACCACACAUUUACAUAUUCCGCCAUAUCCGCUUUGAGCAGAAACUCGCCGUCGUAUCCCCAAUGUCCGUAAUAUUUCCGUUAUGUCGUUUUGCCGUUCUUCCUUUUAGAGCCGGGCCAACUUCUAGCAACCAAACAUUCCCUCAGAGGCGAUUGCUUCUACCCUUCUCUGCAGUGUUGUGUUAUUUUAUUGCUUUUACAGAAUAUUUCCUAUAACGUUAUCUCUGCACUAUUGUUUUAAAUGGACUCUUUUACCUUUUGCUUUUAGACUUGAGAGCAUACAUUAUAUACAUAGCUUGACGAACUUUAUAAGAAUCGCCGAAAAGUGAAGCAGUCUCUUGCUUUAUUUUGACAAUGUUUUGGAUUUUGAGUUCCAUCGUUUAUCGUGGUUCGUUACGUGUGCGAUACCAGCGAAAAGGCAAUACACCACAUCCUAAAUAUA